AUGUCGACAACACUGAACGAGCUCUCCGACGCCUACAUCGACGACGUCAUCGCCAAAUUAAAAACCGAAAUUCAGAUGAAACCGCUCGUCGCUCGCUCUCCACCAACCCAAAAAUCGGCUGAAAAAUCCGAAAAACCGCUGGAAAAUGGAAAUCUGGGAAAAAUCGAUAAUCUUCCAUGGAAAAUUGAACUUGGAUUUUUCUGA